AUGUCUACAAACCUAAGCAGCAUAACUGCCUCUGUUAUUUCUUGGUGGAGGAGAGAGAGCCCAACAACAGGAAGAGGUAGUAUCUUAGCCUCUAAUGCACAAGCAGCAGCAGCAGCAGCAGCUGCAGCAGAAGCUGCAGCAGCAGCAGCUAGUAGCCAACAGGAUACCGAUGAUGAAGAUGAACAGCAACAGCAACAGCAACAAAAACAACAGCAGCAGCAGCAAAAUCAACAGCAGCAGCAGCAGCAGCAAAUGAACAAUAACCAGCAAGAGACACAACACACAGGAAGAGAUGCUUUAGAUCGCGAUGUUCAAAGCUUUAAAUCAAGAUUACAAUCGGAGGGCUCGCGCAUGCGUUUGCAGCGCAUGCAGACAAGCAGCACAUAUUCCCUAACCCGCAGCAGCAGCAGAGGCAGCUGCAGCAGCAACAACAGCAGCAGCAGCAGCAGCAGCUGUGUUAGCGACAGCAGCAGCGGCACCUUUGCAGGGGAGACAGAGGACGACGCCUUUACUCACCUAAUGCAGCAGCAGCAGGAGCAGCAGCAGCAGCAGGAGCAGCAGCAGCAGCAGCAGCAGGAAGUGGAGAGACCAUUGGUCACUCUGGCUCAGGGAGACGAAAAGGAAAAUGCAACAGCAGCAGAGGCGAUUAACGAAGUAAAGGGGGAGCAGCGAAUGCCGCGACGUUAUGAUUUUCAAUUGCAG